AUGGCAACUUUUGUUCCUCCGAGCAGUGAAUUACGGUGGGUUCAUAGCAUCUGUGGGGUGGUGGUAAAGGGAUGCUGGGGCAAUCUCUUGAAACCGAAGAUUGACACGAAUCUCACUGCAAUUAGGCUCCGAGAGGUACUCCUGCAACUCUCUGCGUAUAGCUACAGUCCCUGUCUUGCAUGGGAGUUGUUCGGUGGAUUGAGUCGUACAUUCCGAAUUAUAAGCACCCCGUACAAUCCUCAUGGACUAUGA